AUGAUGACCGGUCGUGUGGUGGGAGUGUUGCAGCGGAAUUGGAGAGAUUAUGUGGCUACUUUCCCAUCCAAGGAAGAUACCCAAUCCCAAGGAAAGAAUGCACGGAAGGUUCUUGUGACACCAUGGGACUACAGAAUUCCCAAAAUCCGAAUUAGCACGCAGCAAGCAGAGGCAUUACAGGAUUGCCGGGUGGUGGUACGAGUGGAUUCCUGGGAGUCUACCUCUCUGUAUCCUAAUGGACACUUUGUGAGAGCAUUGGGACCCAUUGGUGACCUGGAGACAGAAAUUCAAAGUAUUCUGGUGGAGAAUAGUAUCAGUGUGAACCCCUUCUCCGAAGCCCAGCUGGCAGAAAUGCCUACAAACAGUCCAGAGAACCCAUGGAGGGUGGCACCAGAAGAGGGAGAUCGGCGUGAUCUACGCACUACUCAUUUGGUGUUCAGUAUCGACCCAAAGGGCUGCGAGGACGUAGAUGAUACUUUGUCUAUUCGGGAGCUAAACAAUGGGCACUUGGAGCUGGGUGUUCACAUUGCAGACGUCACACACUUUGUGACACCAAACUCUUACACUGAUAUGGAAGCAAAAGCAAGAGCUACAACAUACUACCUCGCCGAUCGUCGCUAUGACAUGCUGCCUGCUAUCCUGAGUGCAGAUCUAUGCUCCUUGCUUGGAGGUGUCGACAGGUAUGCGGUGAGUGUGAUGUGGGAGCUGGACAGCACGACGUAUGACAUCAGGAGGGUGUGGUAUGGCCGGACCAUAAUCCGCUCCUCCUAUAAGUUGAGCUAUGAAGUGGCUCAGCAGCUGCUGGAUGGAGAUCUGGAGCCACUUAAUACUGACCCUGAACUUCAGCCGGUUUCUCAGGACUCCACAAAACUGGACCGUCUUCUGUGGGCGAUACGGAAAUUGACAGAGGUGGCUCAAGCUGUCCGGACUCGGAGAGAUAUGAGUGGAGCGCUGGAACUGGAAGGGGUCGAGGUUCGGAUCCAGUUGGGGGAGGAGCAUAGCAUCGAUGAUCUAGUCCCUAAGCAACCUUUACAGGUCCAUGAGACUAUAGCAGAAUGUAUGAUCUUAGCCAAUCACUGGGUAGCCAAGAAGAUCUGGGAGAGCUUCCCCCAGCAGGCAUUACUCCGACUUCAUCCACCUCCACGUCAGGAAUUCUUUAGAGAACUCAAAGAGUGCGCACAGGCUAAAGGAUUUCAUAUAGACACCCGGUCUAAUAAAUCUCUGGCAGAUUCCCUGGACAAGGCAAAUGACCUUUCUGACCCUCUGGUGAAUCGGCUGCUGCGAUCAAUGGCCACACAAGCCAUGUCCAACGCUCAGUAUUUCUCGACAGGAUCGUACUCCGAGGAUGAGUUCUAUCACUAUGGUUUGGCCCUUGACAAAUACACCCACUUCACCUCACCAAUCCGGCGCUAUGCUGAUGUUGUGGUACACCGGCUUCUCCUGGCUGCUAUCCACAGGAGAACAAAAGAUCUGCUUGGAAACAAGGACCUGGAGGAGCUGUGUCGUCACAUCAAUAAUCGCAACCGGGCUGCACAGCACUGCCAGAAACAGUCUACGGAGCUCUUCCAGUGCAUGUUCUUCAAAGAUAAGGACCCGGAAAAUGACCAACGCUGCACUUGUGACGCCAUUAUAUACUCAAUCCGCACGAAUGGAGUGUUACUCUUCGUACCCAGGUACGGCAUAAAAGGAGCCGCGUAUUUGAAGAACUUGGAAGGCUUAGUCUUGACCUUUACUGAUGAUGGCUGUAGUUGGAUCUCUGGAUCGCUACAACGCCUCCCGGACCGAAUCACAGUAACAACUGUUGGGGGACAGCAAACCUCGUUCUGUCUGUUUGAUCAUGUGACCGUACGAAUCCGGAUACAAAGCUUCCGCUUCCAUGCAGACAGCAUUCGCUUGGACAUCAUUAGUAAUAAGCCCCAUGUCUCCCAGCAGGACCUGCCCUCCAACACCAGCUCUAAUCUGGGCAGGACGGAACUCGUUAGGGAGGUGACCCGUACAGCAAUAGAGGCUCAGCUGGCUAAAGAAGAGGGGGCGGCAGAGAAACAAUUUCGAGUUACAAAAUCGGGAAUAUCGACAAACUCGGGGACGGAGCCUGUAUGCCUUACUGGAGGAGGUUCAUGACCUGGCACUGCUUAGUCUGUCCAAGGAAUGA